AUGGCUACCAAAAAGGGUCUUGAAAGAGCUUGUCUUGUGAACGAGAGGGACACCAAGAAGUAUUCUUUGGCCCUAGACAGGAUGAGCUGGCUUCAGAAGAAUUUAAAUGAAGAGAGGCAGAAGCAGGAAGCAGAAGUUACUGAAGCUAAUCCAAUGUAUCACUGUCACGGCUACUCACAGGCCUAUGAGAACAGAAAGAGGGAGCAGCAUCAAGCCAGGAAGAAGCUCUGUGUAGCAUCAGUAAUUUGCAUCUUCUUCAUGAUUGCUGAGAUAACAGGGGAGUAUAUCGCCGGGAGCCUGGCAGUGAUCACGGACGCGGCACACAUCCUGGUGGACCUGACAAGUUUCCUGAUCAGCCUCUUCUCGCUGUGGCUUGCCUCCAAACCUCCUACUAAGCAACUAACUUUUGGGUGGCACAGAGCAGAAAUUCUGGGAGCUUUGAUGUCUAUGAUAAUUGUCUGGAUGGUGACUGGCGUGUUGACGUAUUUGGCUAGUGUGAGGCUGCUACACCCUGAUUACGAUAUUGAUACUACAGUGAUGCUCAUCACCUCCGCUUGUGCCGUGCUUGCCAACAUCCUGUAAGUUAUUUUUGAUGUGUUCAUAUUUUUCUAGCCAGAAUACAAAAUAGCUGACCCAAUCUGCACAUUUGUGUUUUCCAUCUUUGUUUUGGCAACUACCAUCACCAUUUUAAGGGAUAUUUUGAUUGUGCUAAUGGAAGGAACAUCAAAAGGAUUUACUUAUGAUGAAGUGAAAGCAAGGAUUUUAGCAGUUGAGAAGGUGGAGUCUAUUCACAACCUUCAUCUUUGGUCUCUGACAAUGAAUCAAACUGCUCUGUCUGCUCACAUUGCCACAGCAGACACAACGGACAGCCAGAAGAUUUUGAGAGAUGUUACCCAAGCCCUGUUUGAGCACUACAGCUUCCACUCCAUCACUAUUCAGAUUGAAUCAGGAGAGGAUCAGAAACAAGACUGUAUCUUCUGUCAAGAGCCCAGAGACUAA